AUGAAAAUUCACGAUGCAUAUGAUGUAUUUGAGACAGCGGGUGAUGGUGAGCCGUGCAAUAACUUGGUCGGUCUACUCAAUAACCUAUCUCACCUAGAUUUGGUGAGAUCUUUAGGUCAACGGUGGCGCAAUGCUUCUUUUUCUCCAUCAUUUACCAUGUAUCUCGUGGAGCAUUAUUGGGCGGACGGGACAAAUGCGGUGUCCAAGUGCAUAUUCCGUAUGUCCUCAAGAUAUACCUUCCAAAUAUGGAAUGCGAAACAAUCGAAAAUGGACAUAUCGUCGAGUAUGAAAUCAAGAGUGAUAUCCUAA